AUGGAGAUCCGACCAGACAGGUUAAAGGCUGCUGCGGGAAAGACCCUUGGGAAAAUACACAGGUUGUUGGAAAAACGGCAGGAAAAUGGUGAAACGAUUGAACUGUCAGCUGAAGGUCGACCUGGGCUGAUAGAGGAGAAAGAGCUUCCUGUGGUAGACUGCACAUGCUUCGGCCUGCCGCGACGGUACAUCAUCGCCAUUCUCUCUGGCCUGGGCUUCUGCAUCUCCUUCGGAAUCCGAUGCAACCUGGGUGUGGCUAUUGUCAGCAUGGUCAACAACCACACCAUCUACAAGGGCGACAAGAAGAUGCUGGUGGCAGCCCAGUUUUCCUGGGACCCAGAGACCGUGGGUAUGAUACAUGGCUCUUUUUUCUGGGGCUACAUCGUCACUCAGAUACCUGGAGGCUUUAUAUGUCAGAAAUUUGCUGCCAACAGAGUGUUUGGCUUUGCUAUAGUAGCUACCUCUACACUAAACAUGUUCAUCCCUUCAGCUGCAAGAAUUCACUAUGGCUGUGUAAUAAUAAUUAGGGUAUUACAGGGUCUUGUGGAGGGAGUGUCAUAUCCAGCUUGCCACGGAAUCUGGGCGAAAUGGGCACCGCCCCUAGAAAGGAGCCGAUUGGCCACGACAGCCUUCUGCGGUUCUUACGCCGGCGCAGUAAUAGCGAUGCCAUUAGCAGGUAUUCUCGUCCAGUACUCUGGAUGGUCUUCUGUCUUCUAUGUAUAUGGCAGUUUUGGGAUUUGUUGGUACCUCUUCUGGAUCAUGGUGUCAUAUGAGAGCCCGGCAGCCCACCCCACCAUUUCGCCCGAGGAGAGGAAGUACAUCGAGGAGAGCAUUGGGGAGUCAGCGGGAUUCGUUAAUCCUCUGCAGAAGUUCAAGACUCCUUGGAGAAAAUUCUUCACAUCAAUGCCAGUGUAUGCCAUCAUUGUUGCUAAUUUCUGCCGCAGCUGGACUUUCUAUUUGCUCCUCAUCAGUCAACCAGCAUAUUUUGAGGAAGUCUUUGGGUUUGAGAUCAGUAAGGUGGGCAUGCUGUCAGCACUCCCCCAUCUGGUAAUGACUAUCAUCGUGCCCCUCGGGGGCCAGCUGGCUGACUACCUGCGCUCAAAACAGAUCAUGACCACCACCAACGUUAGGAAGCUCAUGAACUGUGGAGGCUUUGGGAUGGAAGCCACUCUAUUGCUAGUGGUCGGCUUCUCUCACACAAAGGGAGUGGCCAUAACCUUUCUGGUCCUCGCUGUCGGCUUUAGUGGAUUUGCUAUCUCAGGGUUUAAUGUGAAUCACUUAGACAUAGCUCCACGCUAUGCCAGCAUUCUCAUGGGCAUCUCCAAUGGAGUCGGAACUCUGUCAGGCAUGGUGUGUCCACUGAUAGUGGGUGCCAUGACGAAACACAAGACUCGGGAGGAGUGGCAGUAUGUAUUUCUCAUAGCUUCUCUUGUUCAUUAUGGAGGCGUUAUCUUCUAUGGCAUCUUUGCCUCUGGAGAGAAGCAGCCUUGGGCAGAGCCUGAGACCACCAGCGAGGAGAAAUGUGGGAUCCUUGAUGAAGACGAGCUAGCUAAUGAAACGGAGGAGUUAUACCAUACUGGCGGAGGGGGGCAGUAUGGAGCGAUGAGCCAACCCGGCAUGAACCCAAACGGCGGAGGUGGAGGAUGGGCCGCCGACUGGAACAAGACCGAGGAGUACGUGCAGCCAGCGGGAUCCAACAGCUACCUGUAUGGCAGGGAGGAAGAGAGAGCGCUACCAUAGCUGAGUGCUGUGACUGGGACGUGGAAGCCAGAGUACAGAUGGAGAUAAGAGGGGAAGGGAUAGGGGGAUGAAAGAGAGUCAUCAUGAGAUGGAUGUAGAUCAGUACAGGGUAUGAGCGAGGAGACUAAUACAUUAGAGAAAGGGACUGGGGCAGCAGUAGGGGGCGCUAUGAUGACUGAAUGGCUUCGUCAAAGAAAGGAUGCCCAAAGAAGAGUUCAGAAAACAGAAAAGAAGAAGUCAUGCAGACGAAGACCAAACACCCAAACAAGCAGGUUUGGCCUGUGGCCUGUUUGUGACACUUCCUAUGUCAUGUGCAUUUGUGUGCAUGUGUUUGUGUGUGUGUAGGUGUUUCAGUUUGAUUUGGACCAUGGUCAUGCAUAUAUGUGAGUGCAGGCGGAGAACCAUUUUUGGGUAACAGAGCGUGGAUUCUUCCACUCCUUGCAGUUUUUUUCUAUGUCAUUCCAAGCCCAUUUGUUAUAGAUUUUGAUUGGACUCUGUCUCAUAUUUAAGGCUGGCUCUGCAUUGUAUUUCUACUCUAGGUUUGUUUAUUAAAUGAAAUAUAAACGACAAAAUGAAUCAGUUAGAAAGACAAGCAAUUCUAGUGCAACAUUUCGCUACCAAAUGAUCAUUUAUUCAGUGUUAAGUAUCUUGACAUUAAGGAGCCAGUGUAAUUUUUCUUAAAGUAUUGGAAACAUUUAUGUAAACUGUGUAUGUUUCCAAUGCAAACAAAAGAAAAACAUUGUUAUUGUUCAUAGCAGCAAGACAAUUAAGUUAUACUGCACUUUGUGAUAAACCACAACUGUACUGAAGAAACUUAUAAAAUGAACACAUAGAGCACACGUUUAAGUGUCAGAUUUCAGAUUUACCCUUUUUUUAUCUCUGGGUGUGCAGAUUGUGGACCUUAAUUCCUAAAAUUUAUUCACAAAAAUAGUUAAUCUCUCAGAGGAUAAUGUAGUUUAUCAGUUACCUAAAGAGAUGAAAUGUGCUACAAGAUUUGAACCCACAACCUGCCAGAUAGAUCCUAAAACAGAAAGUAACACACUUGUACAAUUUCGGUGAUUGCAUGUUGUCUAUGAAAAUAUUAUACAGUAAUGAAUAGGGUAUGAAAUCAUUCAUGAAGUUAAUGCCAUUUUGAAUGGAAUUUCUGUUUAAAGAAGUUCUACAUAUUGAGGUAUUAAUUUAAAUUAAAAAAAUAACUGAAAUAAGACACACAAAACUAAGACAUACUGAUAGAACUGAAAACAAACAAACAUAAUUUUUCUCCAAUAGCACUGCAAUAUUCUCCUGUUGUAAUGUUAUCACCACAAUCAUUUACUGGCAACUGAACGACAUACUCACAGGAAGCAGCAGAAAUUAGGAGCUGCUUCAAAAAGUGUCAGUCUGCAGGAGAACACUUUGAUUUUCUCAUAGCCGGACUUAACUGUUGUGUUUCUUUAAUUUAGAAGUCAG